AUGAAAAUAACAAUCUCUGUUCUAGAUAUAGGUAAUCCACAAUCAGGAAAAGCUGGUCUUGCAUUGCAUUACGCAAGAGGUACAUAUAAUGAAAAUGACCAAGUUCCGCCUGACGGAAAACUUAACAGGCAAGUUACCUUUGACGGUAAUUACGUUGAUAUGGAGAUAUACGAUCCUCCAGGUCAGAAUGACUUUUCUGAUGCAUAA